AUGGCCCCUCUCAGCGUCACCAUCAUCGGCGCAGGCAUCGGGGGUCUAGUCUGCGCCAUCGCCUGCCGGAGAGAGGGCUUGAGCGCGCGAGUGCUCGAACAGGCAGAUGAGAUCAAACCGGUGCGUCGGAGCGGGCAUCCAGAUCCCACCAAACGCAAGCCGCGUGCUCUCCAGAUUAGGCUGCUGCCGUCUUUGCAGAAGAUUGCAAAUGAAGUCAAGGCUUUGAAGGUCAGGCGGUAUCAGGACGGGUCGCUGCUUGCUUCACGACCGGUGAGAUGGGACACACCUUGGCUCGUGAUCCACCGUGCCGAUUACCACAAGGUUCUGAUGGACGAGGCGCAGCGUUUGGGGGCAGAGAUCGUGCUGAACGCAAAAGUCAGCAAUAUUGAUCUGUAUAGUGGUUUGGUGAGUGUUGAAGAUGGUACGCUGUAUACUUCGGAUGUCGUUGUUGGUGCUGACGGCCUGUGGUCGACGACCCGAUCACAACUCCUUGGAUCCUCAUCCGACCCCGUCGGAACCGGGGACCUCGCAUACCGUGGCACAUUCACACUCGAGCAGCUCCAGCAGCUCAACGAUCCAAGGAUAACUGAACUAUGCCAAGAGUCAGCGGUCACGGUGUGGUUCGGCCCGGAGAAGCACUGCGUGUUCUAUCCUGUGCGGAAUGGUACACAGUUCAACAUGGUGCUGCUCCGCCCGGAUGACCUGCCGAAAGGCGCUCGGACGGUGCAGGGUGAUCUGGAGGAGAUGAAGAAUACUUUUGAGGGUUGGGAUGAUGUACUCACCAAGAUCAUAAGCUGCAUACCAGCAGUGCUGAAGUGGAAGCUGAUGCAUCAUGACGAACUCGAACGAUGGACAAAGGGCCGUACCGUCCUGCUCGGCGACGCCUGCCACCCUACGCUCCCCUACCAGGCACAAGGCGCCGCCAUGGCGGUCGAAGAUGGCGCCAUCAUCGGCUCCCUCCUGGGCCGCCUGAGCCGCCACUUGACAGACCACGACAGCAACCAGUGCUCCUCGUCAAGCCUUCCGCAGCAGAACAAGCUGAUUCACGACGUUCUGGCUCUAUUCGAGAAGUGCCAGAAGCACCGCACCACCGUCAACGUGCAGGGCGCCGUUGACGAUCGCCGUUUCUACCACAUGCCGGAUGGGCAGGAGCAGAGGGAGCGUGAUGCGGAGCUGGUGAGGCAUACGUGGACCGAUGAGGCGUCGAAGCAUUUGUGGAUGGAUAUGGCGUAUAACAGGAACUUGUUGGGGACUGAUGUGCUGGCGGCUGCGAAUGCUAUGUUUGAUGAUUAUGUGGUUGGAUUGGAUAUGGCAGACAGGGGCCUCGCAGUCCAUGGAGUUGACGAGGGUCGUGCAAUGCAGGUCGCUGUCGAGCCUGGGAGUUGA